ACGCAGUUAGUGUAGUGAAGAUGCUUCUCAAGAUUGUUCCGUUGGCGGUGGCGUUCGUGGUUGUGGUUCUGGCCGAGGAAGAAUUCGACUUUGAUUUGUCACAGUUUGGUGAGGGGUUGUACGAACGGAAGCAGUCGGAGAAGCAGCUGGUGGGGCCUUCGGACGAGGAUGAUGAGGUGAACCCGGAAGAGUUGGGCAGUUUCGCCGAAGGGGACAUUUAUCAGCCGUUGGUCCUGAAGAACUCGUACAAGUUCAAGAGCAAACGCUGGAAGAACGCAGUGGUUCCGUACGAAAUAAGUGAAGAGUUUAACAUCUUCGACGUGCUCAAGAUCCAGGAGGCGUUCAAUACGUUCAAGCAGAAAAGCUGUGUGCGGUUUGUGCCGCGUGACUCCCAGCGGGAUUACAUCUCGAUCGAGGGGUCUUGGAAUGGGUGUUGGUCAACGGUGGGUCGGGCCGGUGGCAAACAGAUCCUGAACCUGCAGAGCAGUUCGUGUCUUAAGCGUGCGGGGACGAUUCUUCACGAGCUGAUGCACGUGUUGGGAUUUUUUCACGAGCACACCCGCUACGAUCGCGAUCGGUACGUCAACGUGAACAUGCAGAACGUGAAGCCGGACUCGGUGACUAACUUCAAGAAGGAUCGCCAAGAUCGAGCGACGACAUACGGGAUUGGUUACGACCUGGGGAGUGUUAUGCACUAUUCGACGAUGGCAUUCAGUCGGAACGGAAGUCCCACAAUCGUGCCGAAGAUAAAAUACCCGGAGAAAAUUGGCCAACGGAAUGGAUUCUCCACCAAAGAUAUUCAAAGCAUCAACAAAAUGUACUGUUCCUAACGAACGUUUGGGACCAUCCAUAAACCACGCGGACACAUUUUUU